CAACCACUCCUUGACCCUGCAACUGCAAAGUGCAGCCGGAGCUCGUCCGAUGCCUCCGUUUCGCUCCAACCCCACGUCGGUCGGUGGCGGCGCGUCGAGGCUUUGAGCUUUGACGACGAUUCGAUAGAGAGAGAGAGAGAGAGAGAUGGCGAGGAGGCCGGUGGUGCUGGGAUUGGCGGUGGCCCUGGCGCUUGGAGUGGCCGUGUACCUUAGGCUUUGGACCAUCGACUACUCCUUCUCCGCCGGCGACGCUGAACUCCUCAGAAAAGAGUUUGAUCUUGCACACCGGGAAGCGAUGGAUGAGUCCGCAGAAUGGAGGCGGAUGUACGAUGAAGAACUAGAGAGGGCGAACAGGUGCAAAGCGGAACUUAGAGAGCUUAAGGAGUCUUUUUCGAACAAGGCAGGAGAUUCUGCUCUCAGUAACUCAAAAUUGGUCAUGUUGCAAAAGGAAAAGUUGGUGUUGCUCAAGCAAGUGGAAGCGGUAAAACACGAGCUUGAGGUUGAGAAGUUGAACUGCGGAUCAAGAGACGUUAAACAAUGACAGAAGGUACCAUACUAGGUUAAGUUGAACAGAACAGAUAUCUAGGUGUGAAAUUUGAUGGUUGAUGCAUCUGUAGCCAAGAGAUAUCAAUCGGUUUAUGAGCGAGCUGACCUUGGCAGCAGAAUGAACUCACUGAAGUGAUAUAGUUUCACACGUCGGUGGUUUUUGAGAGAAGCUUACUUGUUGCUGCUAUCAUCCCCAAUAUUAUACCAUUGUCUUAUCGGAAUCCAUUAGGAGUCUCAUGCUCUCCGUGUAUAUUUGUUUUGUCGUAUUGAUCAUCCAUGUAUUUCAUCCAUCUUUUUUAUUUGGGUGGAAAUAUUUUAUCCAUCUUACAUGAUAAAAUUUCGUCCUCCAUUUUGGUGACCUGAGAGAGAAUUUUUGAGACAAUGUAUGGUUUUUCGAGGAUUCAUCACAUUAUUUAGAUAAUGCAUUCUUC